UACCUUUCCAAUGAAGAACUUCCUCUCCACCCUGGGGCCCUGACUCCACAUUCUUCCAGCUCUUUUACAUCUCCAUCAUCUCAGCUUCCCUUGAUCAAUCCACCUGCAAAACUUGCCAGACUCUCGACUUCCUCCUCCUCCUCCCUCUUCCCUCCCCUCCCCGGUGAGUCUCUCCCUGGGGUGCUGAAGCCAUGGCGGUGCCUUCAGCCCAUGAGUUUCACUGGCAGAACCUGGCACGACUGCCCAGUGGCCGCGUCUACCACACUCUGUCUGAGGUGGGGGGGCAGAUGUACAUGCUGGGGGGCUGCGACACCGCGGGGAGGCCGUGCCCCGGCAUGGAGCUCUAUUCUCCUGAGGGGGACCGAUGGAUAAGUUUGCCCCCGAUGCCCACCCCUCGUGCUGGGGCAGCUGUGGCCGUUCUUGGGAAGCAGAUCCUGGUGGUGGGAGGAGUGGGAGAGGACCAGAGCCCCCUGAAGGUGGUGGAGAUGUACAACACAGAUGAAGGGAGGUGGAGGAAGAGGACCUCUCUGCGGGAGGCCCUGAUGGGUGUAUCCAUCACUGUGAAAGAUGGACGGGCUCUGGCUGUGGGUGGAAUGGGUGCUGACCUGCUCCCUCGUAGCAUCCUGCAGCAGUAUGACCUUCGAAAGGAUGUGUGGGCACAACUUCCUUCCAUGCUGACCCCACGUUACGAUGCCAACAUUAAUCUGCUUGGGAACAAGCUCUACGUGGCAGGUGGACGGCAGUGUAAGAGACCGGUGAAGGCCUUCGAAGUGUACGAUGCAGAGGCGCGUUCUUGGACUACACUACCCAUGAUGCCCUGUAAACGUUCAUAUGGUGGUGUGGUGUGGGACACAGCUGGGAGGCUGUGUCUGCUCGGAGGACUGCGUCAGGGAGGAGGACACCAGAGCUCCAAGUUCACCAAGAACGUCAACAUUUUCGACACUAACCAAGGUGCCUGGUUGAAGUCAGAGGAGACAGUGGCACUGAAAACAAAGAGAGCUGACUUUGCUGCUGGUUUCCUGCGAGGCCGGAUGGUAGUAGCAGGAGGACUUGGUCAUGAGCCCUCAGCACUGGACACAGUGGAGGCCUUUCAUCCUCAGAGGAAGAAGUGGGAGAGGUUGGCGACCAUGACCUUCCCCCGAUGCUCCGCCUCCUCCAUUGUCAUCAGAGACCGCCUCCUGGUGGUGGGAGGAGUCAACCAGGUUCCCAGCUCAGCCCAUGAGAUUCUCUAUGUGAAAGAAGAAGAGUAUCUGUAGCCUGCGGCGACGGACACCAGAUGAACACAGCAGAUCAGAGUCCACUUCCUCUUCUCUGAACAACCCUCCUAAAUGAGACUGUAGUGCAAUAUGUA